AUGGAUAAGUUUUUGCUCAGUUCUCCAACUCAAUUGGCUCAACCUUACAAUUACGAUGAAAGUUCCAUAUUGAACAGCAAUAGCAUUGGCAGGAACCCACCAUUUGACAUGUUUGACAACAGCAAUAGCGCUGCCUCGACAAGCGCCAACCCGUUAGUAGUACCGCACCAGCAUUCUUAUCAACAACAACAUCAACAACAACAACAACCACCACCACAACAGCAACUGAGAUCAAACACGCCCAACUCCCACAGUCACAACCAUUUUCAACAAUUUCCGCAGCAGAAUGAACAAUCACAGCCGCUUCUUGCCCAGUUUCACACGACUGCUGCUUCUGGCACCAAUAAACACUCGACAUAUAACAGUUUAAAUGAAACAACAAUAUACGAAAAUGAAGUGGUGCCGGUUUCAACCAACUUACCCGAUAACAAAUUCUAUAUAACAGAUGAAAACGGGUUGGGAAUCAACGUUAUUGACUCGGACAAGGUGGAUUUCGCAAAUCAUUCAAGAAACACGUCAAUCGAUGAUAAUUUACCGACUUUUAAUAUGCCAAACAAUUAUCAAAUUCACCACCAUCAACACCAAGACUCAGUAAUCUCAGUCAACCAAGAUCCACCCACCUCUAAUUCCAACUCCCAUAUACCUCACUCAGUGUCAUUAAAUACUCUAUACUCAUUUGAAUCAGGACAUUCUUUUGACUCUCCAAUGCAUCAGCAUCAGCAACAACAGCCACCACCACCACCACCACCACCACCUCAGCAACAGCAGCAACUGCAAAACGGUCACAACUACCAGUCUCAACUGCAGCAGUUUGCCUCAACUCCAAGAAGAAUCGGAAGAAAUUCAGCAUCCUUGUCCCUAUACAAUACACCAUUAAAAACUGACUCGUUUUCACCAAUAAAUUUAGCGACAACCUCGUCGGCAUUUGCCAAUAAAAUCACCAAAACACCAGCAAACAAAUCAUUAAAAGGCCACUCGCGAUCUAGAUCGAAAGUGUCGCUAGAUGCAGCAGCAGCAGCGCUUGCCUCAAAGACAAAUUCAUCGUCGUCAUACAACUCGACAUUGAACCCCUUUUAUACGCCAUCACAGGCUACCACAUCUUUUGACGAUGACAGCAACUGCGGUGGCGGCUGUGUUAGUGGUGCUGGCCGCUUUGGCGAUGUAACUGCAACUCCCCUUAAAUCCCCCAACUCAAACCAAAUCAAACAUUCGCAAUCAACUUUCUUCAGCCCUUUUGGCAACGACGCGUUGGAUUCGUUAAACGACGACGACGAAGAUGAUGCUGUGAAGCAAUUGAAAAAGGCCAAAUCUUUUUCAAGCUUGAAACGAAAACAAAGAAGAGAGAGCCAAAUACGUCCCUUGGGGUUGAACAACAGCCUCAAUGAAAAUACCCUUUCGUCAAGUGCCAUAAUAUCCACCAAAAGCGAGCGACAAUUGGCGCUUCCGCGAUCACAUAAAAUCGACUUGUUACUGCCCGAUUUCGAUAGGACUCCAGACGAUUACCCAGCGUUGGACAAGAAAAUUACUUCAAACUUGAAUCUAUCUGUUUCACCUUAUAAUCCGCACCGAAAGAAUAUCGUCAAUAUCGAGUUCCCAAGCGCGUCGAUGAACUUGAACGCGUCCAUAAAUUUGGCCCGUUCAGAAGACGAGGACUAUUCAUCAACCAUGGUGUCGCCGCCAACGACAAACACCGCGACACCGAAUCUAUUACCUCCAAUGGCAACUUUUUCGAAUGAUUUACUUAAAAACGCGGCAAAGAAAAGCACAUUGAAUGAACAGCACGGGGAAUCGGACAAGGCGGAAAAGAGCUUGGCGUAUUCAUCUUGCUCUUCGAGAACUGGUGGUAAAACGCUGAAGUCGCCUUUUUCCUCUUCCAGCUCCAGCAACAAUAGCAUAAACAGCCUCAAGGAAGAAAUUGACGAAGAUGGAACAGUGACAAUACCAAUCCCUUCGGAUCUACUCGUGACUAGACCCACAGUGCGAAACAAUCGAUCGGAUAAGAACGACAAGGUGGACCCUAAAAAGAAACACAAGUGCCCCAUUUGCGACUCGAGAUUCCAAAGACCGGAGCAUGUCAAAAGACACCUCAAGUCGCAUUCAUCGGAAAAGCCCUACCAUUGCGAGGAGCCAGACUGCGGCAAGCAAUUUAACCGUAAGGAUAAUUUGAAAGCCCACUUAAAAAAGAUUCACGGGAUCAUGCAGCUGUAG